UCGGGGUAGGCUUUGUAGGCCAGUCGAGAAGAGCGUGGUGUCUUUGAGUUUGUGUGGAAGGACUGGGCUUUUCUCCUCUUCUGCCUCUGCGGUGCCGGCGUGAUGGGCGGCAGCGGGAGCAGCCAAGGCAGGAGGAAGGUCUCCUUCGAGCUGGACGAGGAGGACCGCGUGCGGGUCUUGCAGGGCAUCCGGCUUUCUGAAGAUGUAGUGAACAGGAUGAAACAACCGUGCCAAACUAAAAAGGAUCAACGAGCACCACCGGUCCCUCCGUCUCCCAUAUCGCAACCUGCAGAAGCGAAGUCUAAGGCGCCAACAGGAAUUUGUCCACCUACACCAGACAAUUUGGGUCGAAAGCCAUCUGAGGCAGAGGAGGAACUGUACAAGAGGUAUGAACAGGAGCAGGCCAUGGUCCAAGAGGAGCUGCUUCGACUGGCCAAAAGGGAGCGGGAGGCAGCCACUGAGAGUCUAAAUGUAACUCUUCAGCGGGAGAGGAUUAACACCAAUGAAGAGAAGCAGAAAACAGCUCAGAUUCCUGCAGAUUUAGAUGCCUGGUCCAAGGAGCUGCAGUGGAAGGAUGAGGAGCUGAAGCGCAGAGACACCUUCUAUAAGGACCAGUUGGCCCACAUUGAAAAGAAGAAUUCUGAAAUCUACAAAAUGACUUUGUCUCAGUACAGUGAUGCAGUUACCAAUGCAGAAGAUCGUAUUAGGCGGAGGAACACACAGCCUAUAUGUGCAAAUCUGCAAGAAGCAAUCCUGACGUGUUACAAUGAAAACAAACACCAAGUGCUCAACUGCUCAGAGCUGGUCAAGGAGUAUCAGCGUUGUGUUAGGCUAGCACAAAAGGAACUGUUGGUUCAUUUCGAUUGAAGCCCAGAUGCCAGCAAAGUGCUGAAUGCAGGGGACCACAGAAGCUCUUCAAAGCCCAGCAUCCUCUUGGAUUCAUGCUGAUGCAAUGAGUGCCUUCUACCUGUAGUAGUCCACAAAUGCAUCAUGAAUCCAUAGUUCGAUGUCUCUAUGUAUCUGUCUUAACUGAUGAAUUUGGAACGGAGAAAGGGCAAGGUUUUGUGUUUGGGGAAUACACUCAGUGAAAUAUGUGUUGUCAUAAUUACUAUCCAUCUUUCACUGAGAGAAUUCCCAUAAACAGAUCUUUUUCCUAAUGGGGCUUGUUAAGUCAGAAGCUCCCGUUUUUUAAAAAAAGAAGCCUGUCAGAUCUUUUGUUUCAGUAUCACCCAGAGUGUUUUGAAAUGUCUAAGAGAUGUUGCCUUUAUCCUUGUUCUUUAGAACAAGGCAUCUGAGAUACCCAGGAAAAUGCUAGAGCUGCACUGGUUUUGAGUUUAUCCUGAACAGAGAGAAAAUUCCCCCUCUUCCCAACCAAAGCUUCUUCCUAAGAACAAUAAAGACUGUUUAAUGGUCA